AUAUAGUGAAACAUAACAACACACAUGUUGCGUUUAUAAUUUUGUUCAGUGUGAAAAACGCAUUCUAUGAAAUACUAUUGGGCGUGCGUGCAGGUACCGCGCGGGUAGGUUAAACGCGAUGGCGGUGCAGGUGCAUCAAGAAAGGACGGAUACGGUCCGCGGUCUAUAUUUGAAUAGUGUCACUGCACUGUAGCCAGUGGUCAUUGUAUUUGAUUAGUGAAUUUAUAGGGUAACUUCCGUAUCUCUCAGCCCACCAGAGCUUCCGUAUUAACGGAGUUUCUCAGUCUACCCUGGCUGGAUUUUUGACUUUGUAAAGCUAUGCGGUCAAUUCCGGAGGAGUUAACGACGCUUAUUUCAGAUCUUGAAGAUUUCCUCUUCGAUGGUCUGAAAGGAGAGAAUUUGAGUAAGAAGGCAAAGGAGAAAAGAGAAGCCUUCAUAAAGCGGAUCAAAGAGGUCAAAUCUGGAUACCCUCAAGAGUUCAACGAGAAUCGAGAUGCAGAGGACUCGGAAGAGGAUGAAGUGGAGGACAGCAACAAUGAUGGAGGGUCGCUGCAUUCAGAACGCACAGAUAAGGAGGAUGAGACCUGUGAAGGUGCUCAGCAGUCUCUAGCCGUGGCGGCUCAGGACCUCCAGUCUGUCUUCAAGGCCGGACACCUGGAGAAACGCAGGAAGGACAUUCUACUACUGGGACUUUUGGGGCAGAAACAUGGGAGAAACAACACUGUUUAUAACCAGACAUUCUACUACUACGGCAGUGAGAAAGACAAGCAGCAGAAGGGCGAGUUUGCAAUUGAUGGCUACAGUGUCAAGAUGAAUAACACCUUGCGGAAAGAUUCCAAGAAAGAUUGCUGCUUUGAAAUUUCUUCCUCUGACAAGCGAGUAUAUCAGUUCUGUGCGUCAUCUCAGAAAGAGGCAGAGGAAUGGGUGGAGCAGAUAGAUUUUGUGUUGAGAGACAUGUCAGGGGUCAUUCCAUUGGACGAGGAGGAUCAAGAGACGUACGAUGACAUUGGCGCUGUCGAGGCGGCGCCUAUUGACGAUGACAUCUACGAAGAACUCCCAGGUCUGUGUCCGGCCUUGAAGACAGACUGA